AUGGCUGGAUUGUUACGUACCUUCUUCAAGAGCAAAAAACCUAGAAUUGACGGUGAGAACUGCGACGACUUUGAGGUAGGUGACCUUAUCGGUUUUUUUUCAGUUGCAACAAACAAUUUUUUAGUUCCAGUCGUGUUCCCGUUCGUCGUCCUUCAAAACAGACAGAAAGCCGACUGCCCGCUUCGCCGACGAAAGCAUGCUCCCCGCCACUGCCGCGUAUCACACGGCGAGUGCUCCGAGACUGCGUAGAGGACCGCAGAGCUGUCCGGGAGGAUAUCACGACGAAUCGAUUGAUGAGAGAGCGAGGAAAAGGAGCAGAUCUCGCAAGCAUGACGCCCUCGGACAUGCCGACGAAUUCAUCAUCGACAGUGAUAAGCGCUAUCACAGCCGUCCGGAGCUCAGAAGUCGAAAUUCGCACCGUAAUGCUCCAUCGGACGAGGAAAACGACGAGAAUUACGGUGACGAAUACGAUCGACUGAAUAUGUACGCGCGGAAAAGUCACUUCUAUCAGCAACAAUGGGAAAAUUCGGAGCGGCAGAGACGAGAAGAGAGACGAAAGCAGGAGCAGAUGGAGCGAGAGAAAAAGAGCAUCCAGGACGCGAUGUCGAACAUGGCGAUCUGCAUGGCGUCGGUGCAGCAGUUGGAGCAAGUGAAAAGAGAGAGGGACGAGUAUAAAAGGGAGAUGAUGCGCUACAAAAGCAAGUGCGAAAAGCUCGAGAACAAGUACAAGCAGUUGGAGAACGCGACAAUGUCGCCGAGCUACGGAGCCUUCCAGGUGGCUCCUCGUCACUCCUUCCAGCCGUUCCAGCCUUCUCCGUUCCAGACUCCUCACUUUCCCGCGCCGCUCAGUUUUAACUACCCAACACAUUCGAAUCUGCUGGCGCCAAUCACGUCGACCCUUCUGCCGAAAAAAAGCAGCAAACAGUCUUCUUCUUCUUCGCAACCGGGCUCGAGUUUGCUGCUCAGCCACACACGAACGACGAUCGGAAGCGAUGGAGCAGGAGAAUCACUGGCCAACCCCUGCGACGUCAGUUUCAUGCGCGAUUUUGGAGCAUCGAAUGUGAAAGGUUAGUGAACAGAAUCGACGAACGUUAAAAUAUAACCUCGUUCUAGACUCGAACACACAUAUUCCUGCCGAUGACGACGACGUGGACGAGGUCAGAGACUUCAGAAGCGAGUCGCCGUUCCCAACGCUGAGCACGAUGAGCGGGCUCACACACAGCACGGCGACCACCGACGACUUCUAG